AUGCAAAACAGGCACCAAUCCCCAACCGACGAAGAAUCCUUGGAAGGGCAAGCUCGACGUAUCGUUCGAAGCAUUCCUAUUCAGCCAAUAAUGUACGAUGGAACCUACGAAGAAUUCAGCAUCGGCAGCCAGGAAUCGGCGGUUUCGGAACUGAGUUUUUCCUCCGACUCGUCUGUUAGUGACUUUACCGUAGUGGGAGAACCGAUCGUCGAGCUGCCGUCGACACCGCCAAAGGAAGCGGUAGAAGUGAGGACACGUUUCCGGUCCCUGGAUCAAACACUCACCCCUGGCACGAUCGGAGAGGCAUUGGAAAAGUCCGGUACGGUUCUGAUGCAACGGUCGCGAGAAAAUCGUCUGGCGAAGCAACUGGUAGAAAUGCAGACCCUCAUCGGGGCGGACGAUGAGUUGGUGGUGCUGAAGCAACCGAGCACCGUUCGUCGGAUGCACUCACAGCCGGCAUUCACCCCGGAAGUGAUGCGUGGUUUUCUCGAGCACUCCGAGACAAUGUUCCAUCUCGUGCACGAGACGCAGACGGAAAGCAAUAUGAACGAGGAGCGUACUGACCCAUCGGAGGUUGUGAAAACAGAAGCGCGGGAAGUUGUUGAAGGUGAUGGUGAGGGCGAGUUCGUUGGAUGUUUCAGUAAAAACGACGACCUGGUGAUGUACAAGCGAACGGUGAAAGGCGCCCGAGCGGACGCUGGGGAACGUCGGGAGAGCCUCGACACGUUGAUCGCCCAGCAUGCUCAGUGUCUGGUGGAGGCGGACAAUGUGACGCAGCCCAAGGUUCAGAUUUACCAAUCGAACGAUGAGAACGUGCUCGCCUUACUGACGUUCUCCGAGCAAUCGGCUGCCGUUUUGAAGACGCCCAGCUCAACGGUGGACGGUGUUAACUCGUACGAGGACUUGAACCGGGUGCUGCUGCAAACCUACCGGCAGCUGCUAACUCGACCCGACGAGAUGAUAUCGAUGCAAACACACCGUCCGGCAGGUGCUUCUGGGUCACCGCAAGCAAGUCCGCACAUUCAUAAACCUCGGUCGGAUUUACUGUCGAGUCGUUCUGAUGGUUCCACCAGCUUCGGUCUAACGAAUGCCUCACGGAGUGGUGUAUGCCUGGAAGGUUCCAGUAAGAACUGGAACAAGUAUCCCAAUGCCCGGAAGGCGAUAGAGAUCGUGACAAACUUGCGGUUAAUGCUGGAAGAGUUUAUCUUGCGGAAAAUUCCAGCGACGGCCAGUGUGGUGAAGUUUCUCGCACGCCUCCUUACCGACGUCAUGCACUGUUCCCCCGUAGAAGUAGGCGAGCAGUUCCAGCAAUUAUCGCUGAUCGAGAAAAUAAAGCAGGUCAUCGAUGAGCUACUGAUGCCACACGAGCUGGAAGAUCCGUUGCAAAUGGUGAAUCAGGCAAAACUGACCAUGAAGCAAAUUCUUGACUACCGUGUUCAAGUUCACACGAUCGGAGAUUUUGCGAAGGCUUGCGAACGGAUAUCCGGUACCGCGGAGCGACUCGUCUGUGAGCUAGAUCACGAUAUUGAAGAUACGGAUGCGUUCAUCGAAGCAUUGCAGUACGGGCUAAAGAGUCUCCUUGGUGCUGAAGACCCAAGAGAAGUCCUGGAACAAACGCCAGGAACCUCCUCUAGCGCCAAAGAAGAAUCCCAUAGCCCACACCAUGCCACAAUAGGAGAAGAGUCAACGAGAGACAUCCCACUGUUACCGACAACACUUUGCCAUUGCUUCACAUCCUCGUUCUGGUUGUUUCUCGGAUCAAGCGCCGUCUGGCUGAAAGAAUUUUUUAUAAACUUUUGGCAUUUUCUUACCACCACACCGCCAAUCCUCCUUGGUCCAUCCGUGUCCUUCCGGGAAACAGUUUUGGACGAUAACUCCAUCGUACAAGAGUUGCACGUACAGCGCCAUCACCUCAAUCAAACCAUGAACGUCCUGCAGCUCGUAUUGGAAAAGUCGCCAAGUGAGGUGAAGUCCACCGGCCAACAAGACGGCAACCUUCCAACCACGUCCGUUAACGUGCGAUCGCUGAAACUCUUCGCCCAACUGCUCCAGCAGGCAGGCAGUAUCGAGCUGAGCCACUCCGAUUCGCACCAUCACCUUCACCUGCAGCUGCGCGAGAGCAUUUCGGGAAAUCUGGAAAAACGGCAAACGGAUGGGAUCUGCAUGCUGGCCGGGGACAUUCGUGACCACGAGGAAAGCGUGGCGGUAUGUUUUGACGCUCGGAUGUACGAUCUCGAUACGCUUAGCGAAAACGAAUCGGCUAUAGAGUGUAUUACCCGAGUGGAGCGACUUUCGUGCGAUAAGGAUGAGGAACGCGAGGAAGUUGAGGGGCAGGAGUCGGUGGUAAACUCUAUUGUGGAGGAAAUCAUCUCCACGGAUCAUUUUGGGAGUGUUAAAGGAAGUAAUACUCAAUCGGUCGAGGCCUUACAGGAGGAAAGUAUGAGGAAAACCAUGCAGGAACUUCUGGAACCAGUGAUUGCAACGUUACGUAAUGUCCAGGAAAGGAUGGAAGACAUUGGUGGAGAUCGGUGUUCUCAACCACGAGUAUCUUCACCAGGAACGAUCGCUUUUGGUUUGGUAGAGCGUCUACAUGAUUCACCUCCGAAAUCGAUCAAAAAAGAAGAACGUUACAUGAACAUGGAUGUCCCUUUGACGGAAUCGUUACAAGAACUAAUUUCCAUGUUUCACGACGCCAACGAACGGCUGGCGAUUAUCGAUUGCGAUGUUACGGCUAUCCGAAACCAGGUACAGCAUUUGGUAUCGGAACAACUUCGACAACUCGAAAGUCUACAACACCAACCGAGGCAAGCGAAAGGCGGUAAACCGAUACAGGGUGAUGGGCAUCGCACGAAACGUCGUAGAUCUUCACAAAAGCAAGCCAACCGCCAGCGGAAGUCUCGAUCGUCUGAGGGUGAUAAGAAAGAGUUAACUGCUCCUAUCCCGUGCUGUCCGAUAAAGCAAACAUUUCCCCUUCCACCAUCGAAGAAUAACUGUCCAGCAGAAAUCUAUUCUUGCCACGGUGUAGCACCGGAUGUGCUGGUCAUCCAUUGGAACGUGGAUAAGGAUGUGAUACAGCACAUCGCGGGAUAUGAGAUCUAUGUCGACGGUGUGUUGCGGUCGGUGUGCUUCUCGAACAAACGCCGGACCGCGCUGAUCGCGAACAUCAACCUACGGCAGCAACACCUGCUUAUGCUACACGCCAAUCCGGUCAGCCGUUGCAAGAACUUGGCAAAGUGGGAACCGGCCAUCUUUCUGUAUCAUUUGUAA